AUGGCUGAGAGCAGCUCACCACCCUCGUCUGCAGCAGCCCCAGCCCUUGAGGCAGGAAUCACAGAGCAGCCAGGGCCCAGGAGCCCCACUCCGUCCCCUCCAGGCCUGGAGGAGCCCCUGGAUGGAGCUGAUCCUGACGUCCCACAUCCAGACCUGGCUCCCGUUGCCUUCUUCUGCCUGCGCCAGACCACCAGUCCCCGGAACUGGUGCAUCAAGAUGGUGUGUAACCCGUGGUUUGAAUGCAUCAGCAUGCUGGUGAUCUUGCUGAACUGCGUGACCCUCGGCAUGUACCAGCCGUGUGAUGACAUGGACUGCCUGUCAGAGCGCUGCAAGAUUCUGCAGUUGUUCGACGACUUCAUUUUCAUCUUCUUUGCCAUGGAAAUGGUGCUGAAGAUGGUGGCCCUGGGCAUUUUUGGCAAGAAGUGCUACCUUGGAGACACGUGGAACCGCCUGGACUUCUUCAUCGUCAUGGCAGGGAUGGUCGAGUACUCCCUGGACCUUCAGAACAUCAACCUGUCAGCCAUCCGCACUGUGCGUGUCCUGAGGCCUCUCAAAGCCAUCAACCGUGUGCCCAGUAUGCGGAUCCUGGUGAACCUGCUCCUUGACACACUGCCCAUGCUGGGGAACGUCCUUCUGCUUUGCUUCUUUGUCUUCUUCAUCUUUGGCAUCAUAGGUGUGCAACUGUGGGCAGGCCUGCUGCGUAACCGCUGCUUCCUAGAGGAGAACUUCACCAUACAAGGGGAUGUGGCUCUGCCCCCCUACUACCAGCCAGAGGAGGACGAUGAGAUGCCCUUCAUCUGCUCCCUGUCAGGGGACAAUGGUAUCAUGGGCUGCCACGAGAUCCCUCCACUCAAGGAGCAGGGCCGAGAAUGCUGCUUGUCCAAGGACGACGUCUAUGACUUUGGGGCAGGGCGCCAGGACCUCAACGCCAGCGGCCUGUGUGUCAACUGGAAUCGCUACUACAAUGUGUGCCGCACAGGCAGCGCCAACCCCCACAAGGGGGCCAUCAACUUUGACAACAUCGGUUACGCCUGGAUCGUCAUCUUCCAGGUGAUCACUCUGGAAGGCUGGGUGGAGAUCAUGUACUAUGUGAUGGAUGCUCACUCCUUCUACAACUUCAUCUACUUUAUCCUGCUUAUCAUAGUGGGCUCCUUCUUCAUGAUCAACCUGUGCCUCGUUGUCAUAGCGACCCAGUUCUCAGAGACCAAGCAGCGGGAGCACCGGCUGAUGCUGGAGCAGCGGCAGCGCUACCUGUCCUCCAGCACAGUGGCCAGCUAUGCCGAGCCCGGCGACUGCUACGAGGAGAUCUUCCAAUACAUUUGCCACAUCUUGCGCAAGGCCAAGCGCCGUGCCCUGGGCCUCUAUCAGGCCUUCCGGAGCCGGCGCCAGGGGGCACCGGCCCCAGCCAAGCCAGGGCCCCAUGCCAAGGAGUCCAGGCAUUGCAAGCUGUGCCCACGACACAGCCCCCUGGACCCAACUCCCCACACGCUGGUGCAGCCCAUCUCUGCCAUGCUGGCCUCCGACCCUACCACCUGCCCACACUGCCAACACGAGGCAGGCCGGCGGUCCUCAGGCCUGGGCAGCACUGACUCUGGCCAGGAGGGCUCAGGCUCAGGCUUUGGUGAGGCUGAAGCUGAUGGAGAUGAGCCCCGGAGCAGUGAGGACGGGGCCUCCUCAGAGCUGGCGAAGGAGGACGAGGAGGAACAGGUGGCUGGGGCAGCUUGGCUGUGCGGGGCCGUGUGGCGGGAGACGCGAGCCAAGCUAAGGAGCAUCGUGGACAGCAAGUACUUCAGCCGGGGCAUAAUGAUGGCCAUCCUGGUCAACACCGUGAGCAUGGGGAUCGAGCACCACGAGCAGCCAGAGGAGCUGACAAACAUCCUGGAGAUCUGCAACGUGGUCUUCACCAGCAUGUUCGCCCUGGAGAUGAUCCUGAAGCUGGCCGCCUUCGGGCUCUUUGACUACCUGCGAAACCCUUACAACAUCUUCGACAGCAUUAUCGUCAUCAUCAGCAUCUGGGAGAUCGUGGGGCAGGCGGACGGCGGCCUGUCGGUGCUGCGCACCUUCCGGCUGCUGCGGGUGCUGAAGCUGGUGCGUUUCAUGCCUGCGCUGCGGCGGCAGCUCGUGGUGCUCAUGAAGACCAUGGACAAUGUGGCCACUUUCUGCAUGCUGCUCAUGCUCUUCAUCUUCAUCUUCAGCAUUCUCGGCAUGCACAUCUUUGGCUGCAAAUUCAGCCUCCGCACGGACACGGGAGACACAGUGCCAGACAGGAAGAACUUUGACUCCCUGCUGUGGGCCAUUGUCACAGUGUUCCAGAUCCUCACUCAGGAAGAUUGGAAUGUCGUCCUCUACAAUGGCAUGGCCUCCACGUCCCCCUGGGCCUCCCUCUACUUUGUUGCCCUCAUGACCUUUGGCAACUACGUGCUUUUCAACCUGCUGGUGGCCAUCCUGGUGGAGGGCUUUCAGGCUGAGGGUGAUGCCAAUCGCUCCUACUCCGACGAGGACCAGAGUUCAUCCAACAUGGAGGAGUUUGACAAGCUCCAGGAGGGCCUGGACAGCAUCGGAGAUUCCAAACUCUGCCCAAUCCCCAUGACCCCCAAUGGGCACCUGGACCCCAGCCUUCCACUGGGUGGGCAUUUGGGUCCCGCUGGUGCUAUGGGCCCCGCUCCCCGCCUCUCGCUGCAGCCGGACCCAGGGUUGAUGACCCUGGAUUCCCGAAAGAGCAGCAUGAUGUCAUUUGGCAGGAUGAGCUAUGAUCAGCGUUCCCUGUCCAGCUCCCAGAGUUCCUACUACGGGCCUUGGGGCCGCAGCGGGGCCUGGGCCAGCCGCCGUUCCAGCUGGAACAGCCUCAAGCACAAGCCGCCAUCAGCCGAGCACGAGUCCCUGCUCUCGGCGGAGCGCAGCGGCGGUGCCCCGGCUUGCGAGGGCGCCAGGGAUGAGGGGCCGCCGCACGCUGCGCCCCCGCACGGCCCUCUCGCCCACCACGCGCACCAUGGACCGCACUUGGCACACCGUCACCGCCACCACCGUCGGACGUUGUCCCUCGACACCAGAGACUCGGUAGACCUGGCCGAGCUGGUGCCAGUCGUGGGCGCCCACCCUCGGGCCGCCUGGAGGGUGGCAAGCUCGGUUCCUGGGCACGAGGACUGCAAUGGCAGAAUGCCCAGCAUCGCCAAGGACGUCUUUACAAAGAUGGACGACCGCCGGGAUCGCGGCGAAGACGAGGAAGAGAUCGAUUACACUCUGUGCUUCCGCGUCCGCAAGAUGAUCGACGUCUACAAGCCUGACUGGUGCGAGGUCCGAGAGAACUGGUCCGUCUACCUCUUCUCUCCCGAGAACAGGUUCCGGGUCCUGUGUCAGACCAUCAUUGCCCACAAGCUCUUCGACUAUGUCGUCCUGGCCUUCAUCUUCCUCAACUGUAUCACCAUUGCCUUGGAGCGGCCCCAGAUAGAGGCCGGCAGUACUGAACGCAUCUUUCUCACCGUCUCCAACUACAUCUUCACUGCCAUCUUUGUGGGCGAGAUGACACUGAAGGUGGUCUCGCUGGGCCUGUACUUUGGGGAGCAGGCCUACCUGCGCAGCAGCUGGAACGUGCUGGACGGCUUCCUUGUCUUCGUAUCCAUCAUCGACAUCGUGGUGUCUGUGGCAUCGGCCGGAGGAGCCAAGAUACUGGGGGUCCUCCGAGUCCUGCGGCUCCUGCGCACCCUACGCCCCCUGAGGGUCAUCAGCCGGGCCCCUGGACUGAAGCUGGUGGUAGAGACUCUCAUCUCUUCCCUCAAGCCUAUUGGCAACAUUGUGCUCAUCUGCUGUGCCUUCUUCAUCAUCUUUGGCAUCUUGGGGGUACAGCUCUUCAAGGGCAAGUUCUACCACUGUCUGGGUGUGGACACCCGCAACAUCACCAACCGAUCUGAUUGUGUAGCCGCCAACUACCGCUGGGUCCAUCACAAAUACAACUUUGACAACCUGGGCCAGGCUUUGAUGUCCCUUUUUGUCCUGGCCUCCAAGGACGGCUGGGUGAACAUCAUGUACAAUGGGCUGGAUGCCGUGGCUGUGGACCAGCAGCCUGUGACCAACCACAACCCCUGGAUGCUGCUGUACUUCAUCUCCUUCCUGCUCAUCGUCAGCUUCUUCGUGCUCAACAUGUUUGUGGGCGUGGUGGUGGAGAACUUCCACAAGUGCCGGCAGCACCAGGAGGCCGAGGAGGCGCGGCGGCGAGAGGAGAAGCGGCUGCGGCGCCUGGAAAAGAAACGCCGCAAGGCCCAGAGGCUGCCCUACUAUGCCACCUACUGUCCCACCCGGCUGCUCAUCCACUCCAUGUGCACCAGCCACUACCUGGACAUCUUCAUUACCUUCAUUAUCUGCCUCAACGUGGUCACCAUGUCCCUGGAGCACUAUAACCAGCCCACGUCCCUGGAGAUAGCCCUCAAGUACUGCAACUACAUGUUUACCACUGUCUUCGUGCUGGAGGCUGUGCUGAAGCUGGUGGCAUUUGGCCUGAGGCGCUUCUUCAAGGACCGGUGGAACCAGCUGGACCUGGCCAUCGUGCUGCUGUCAGUCAUGGGCAUCACACUGGAGGAGAUCGAGAUCAAUGCGGCACUGCCCAUCAACCCCACCAUUAUCCGGAUCAUGCGAGUCCUACGCAUCGCCCGGGUGCUGAAACUGCUGAAGAUGGCCACAGGAAUGCGAGCCCUGCUGGACACAGUGGUGCAGGCUCUGCCGCAGGUGGGCAAUCUAGGCCUCCUCUUCAUGCUGCUCUUCUUCAUCUACGCCGCCCUGGGGGUGGAGCUUUUUGGGAAGCUGGUCUGUAAUGAUGAAAACCCCUGCGAGGGCAUGAGCCGGCACGCCACCUUUGAGAACUUCGGCAUGGCCUUCCUCACACUCUUCCAGGUCUCCACAGGCGACAACUGGAAUGGGAUCAUGAAGGACACGCUGAGAGACUGUACCCAUGACGAGCGCAGCUGCCUGAGCAGCCUGCAGUUCGUGUCCCCGCUGUACUUUGUGAGCUUCGUGCUUACUGCCCAGUUCGUGCUCAUCAAUGUCGUGGUGGCUGUGCUCAUGAAACACCUGGACGACAGUAACAAGGAAGCACAGGAGGACGCCGAGAUGGACGCUGAGAUUGAGCUGGAAAUGGCCCAUGGCCUGGCUCCCAGCCCCCGGCCGCCCACCAACUCCUCAGGGGCCCUGGGCCGAGGGCCAGGAGGGGUGGGCAGUGGGGGCGACAACGAGGGCCGCCUAUGCCGCCGCUGCUACUCUCCAGCCCAGGAGAACCUGUGGCUGGACAGCGUCUCUUUAAUCAUCAAGGACUCCUUGGAGGGGGAACUGACCAUCAUUGACAACCUGUCUGGCUCCAUUUUCCACCACUAUGCCUCUCCUGCCAGCUGUGAGAAGUGUCACCAUGACAAGCAAGAGGUGCAGCUGGCAGAGACAGAAGCCUUCUCCCUGAACUCAGACAAGUCCUCAUCUAUGAGUCUUGAGGACCCCACAGCUUGCCCUCCUGGCCCCAAAGACAGCAAGGGUGAGCCGGACACACCUGAGCCCAUGCAGGUGGGGGACCUGGGCGAAUGCUUCUUCCCAUUGUCCAACACGGCCGUCUCUUCGGACCCAGAGAGCUUCCUCUGUGAGAUGGAGGCUAUCCCAUUCAACCCUGUCCGGUCCUGGUUGAAGCAUGAGAGCAGCCAAGCAUCCUCAAGUCCCUUCUCCCCCGAUGCCUCCAGCCCCCUCCUGCCCAUGCCCGCUGAGUUCUUCCACCCUGCUGUGUCUGCCAGCCAGAAAGGGCAGGAGAAGGGCAUGGGCGCAGGGAACCUUCCCAAGAUCGCCCUGCAGGGCUCCUGGGCAUCUCUGAGGUCACCAAGUGUCAACUGCACCCUCCUCCGGCAGGCCACCGUGAGUGACACGUCGCUGGACGCCAGCCCCAGCAGCUCGGCGGGCAGCCUGCAGACCACGCUGGAGGACAGCCUGACCCUGAGCGACAGUCCGCGGCGCGCCCUGGGGCCGCCGGGGCGGGGGCCGGGUCCCCGCGCGGGCCUGUCGCCGUCGGCGCGGCGCCGCCUGAGCCUGCGGGGCCGCGGCCUGUUCAGCCUGCGCGGGCUGCGCGCGCACCAGCGCAGCCACAGCAGCGGGGGCUCCACCAGCCCGGGCUGCACGCACCACGACUCCAUGGACCCCUCGGACGAGGAGGGCCGCGGCGGCGCGGGCGGCGGCGCGGGCAGCGAGCACUCGGAGACGCUCAGCAGCCUGUCGCUCACGUCGCUCUUCUGCCCGCCGCCCGCGCCGCCGCCGCGCCUCCCGCCCGCCCGGAAGUUCAGCAGCACCAGCAGCCUGGCCGCGGGGCCCGGCCGCCUGCGCGCCAUCGCCGCCCCGACGCGCGGCCUGGCCCGGAGCCCCUCGUGGGCCGCGGACCGCAGCAAGGACCCGGCCGGCCAGGCCCCGCCCGCCUCGCCCGAGCCGCAGCCGCCCCCCGGGGAGCUGGAGUCGGCCGACGCCGCGAGCAAGAGGAAGAGAUGA